AUGAAAAAUAAGGGAAAAAAUGGCACUUCACAAGAGAAGGGACUAAAAGUCCACAAGGAACAGGUUGCACCCAACAUCACAAGGAAAAUGACAAGAGUUGUAGCUGAGCAACUAAUUAGAGAAGGUCAUGACGGGGCAGAAGUAGAACAAAAGGAAGAACCAUCCGCCGAACCUGCUAGCCCUAAGCCUAAGGAAAGAAAGAAAAGAAAAGAAAAACCGGCAAGGGAAUAUGUUGCAGUAUCUUUAGAGGAGACAAAAUCAGAAGAAGAAAUCAGACAAGCUCCAAAGAAGAAAGGUGUUUUUUCAAGAGUUGUCAGAGGAAAACCCUCCGGAAAUAAAAAGGAAGAUCAAAAGAAGGAAGUGGAGAAGGAGCAACCCAAGAAGACUCCUAAGAUUACCAUUGUACACAAAAGGAAGCCCAAAGGAGAUGAGAAAUCUAAACUGGAAACUAAAAGGAGAAAUGGUAAGCAAAAGAGGCUAGAUGGUCAAGAAAUUAUAGAUCAAACUAUUAAUGAUGGAAAUCUGAAAAACAUUUCUAUAUUUUAUGAUUAA